AUGAAUUUGCGAAACCAACUCGAUGCGCUGUGUGGUCGGCUCCUGGAAUCGGCGCAGCUGCGGACACACAAAUACUUUCGAGUCGCCGUCCCGCACGCCCUCACCGGGCAGAGUCUUGUGGCUCUGGUCGGCGAGAAGGGGCAUGCCGAUGAUGAAGUAGAGGCCACCCAUUUGGCCACCCUCCUCCUCCAAUACGGAUAUUUGUUCCCGGUGAUUGAGCCACAAUCUCAGUUCCAAGUUCGAGAUGACGGCACCCUCUACCGGUUACAACGGCCGUACUUUUGGCCCUCCCACGCCGCCCAGACGGAUAACGUCGAAUAUGCAAUCUACCUGAACAAGCGAUUGUUACGAAACGAGCAACGGCACGGGUUAGAAGAGGAUGAGAUCGAGGCCUACAACAAACUCGCCGAGCUCCUCGCCCACAUGUGGGGCUUCAUCACCGCCCAGGCCGAGCUCCAGCUCAAGCAACAAAAAGAGAAAAAGAAGGCCGACAAGGUGGUCUACGACAGCGAGGAGAGGGCAUUCUGGAGGAUACGACGGCCGGGGACGGCUAACUGCCUCGAGCAGCACGUCCAAAAAGUCGAAAAGCGGUUGCGGAAAGCGACGGCUGCCGGAUAUCGGAGUAUCGUGGAACGGUUGAAAUUUUCAAUAAAGACGAAACCGUGGCUGAAGGCGCCCAAGGCUUCUGGGGACAUGGUGAAAUGGGUUGAAAAUCUACACGAUCACGACCCGCUCCUCGCCUCAUCACAACAGAUCAGCAACCCGUGGAUUACGGACGAGACGACACUGUGGACGUUGAAUACGGACGCCGUCGAAGUGCCAACCGAGCGGAGAGUGAAAAGAUGGGGAAUCUCGGUGCAAGAGCUCGUCAAGGAUCCGAUUGGCAGACAGGUGCUGGAAACGUUCCUGGAAAGCGAGUUCUCCUCCGAGAACAUCCGCUUCUGGAUCGCCAUCCAAGAUCUCAAAUAUUCGACGAAUGCCGAGAUCGAGCCGAAAGCCGAGCGGAUCUACGAGGAGUUCCUAGGCCCCGGCGCGCCCUGCCAAGUCAAUGUCGAUUCGCGGACGUUGGAGCGGACGAUGGAUCUGUUGAAUGCGGGAAAUCCGCGGCGGCACGCGUUCACGCACGCUGAGGAGCACGUAUUCACGUUGAUGAGCAAGGAUUCGUAUCCACGAUUUGUGAAAUCGGCUAUAUACAAGGGCGUGCUCACGGCGGCCCAGCAACAAGGUUCAAAGCGGGUAGGCUGGCGUAAUUUCAUCUUCAACAUGGGAGCGACCAAGAAGCCGCUAGGCAGCAGGCAACACAAGACGAGUCGGGAUGAUAGCCAUCAUCAACAGCUGCCCAAGCAGCUCUCUUCCGAUUCCCUACCCGUCGCCAAAACUCAUCAUAACAGG